AGGGUAGUUUCUGUGGUGUCAGAGAGUCAGUAGCGAGCGUCUGCAAGUGGCGCGUGUCUAUCGUUAGUUCUCCACAAUUCCACAAGUUGAUUAUAAUCCGUCGCACUUAUGAGUUCCAAUAUUUCAAUGCAGUACAGCACAAGGAACGAGAGGGUUAAUGCAAUCACUGAGAUUCCAUUAAACAAUCUCAAUGCGUCUCAGCAGCAAACUUCGACGGCGGCCGUUCCCAUUUGGCACAACAAUACGACGAAACAUCCUGCCAUUUCUUUGAUCCUGGAUACUCCCGCUCAGCAGAGUAGAUCUCCUGUGUUUGGAGAAAGCUUUCUAACUCUCUUUCAGUGGAAAGGAAGUAUCUACAAGGCAUUAUGGAAGCAUUUUUUUAUUUACUGCGCAUUGUAUUAUCUGCUGACAGUUGUGCAUAAAGUUGCCCUAAAUGGAGAACAGAAAAAAGCAUUUGAGGCUUUGGCGAAAUACUGCAUGACUAACCCCCCGAGUCCGACGAAUUUGAUAAUCAUGUUGUCCUUUUUCACGACAACGGCUAUGCAGCGUCGUUUCAGCGUUCAAAUCAACAUGGCGGGAACGUCCAGACUUAUUUCCGUAUUCGUCAUGGGACUUAAGCCAAAUUUACGCGAAGGACCAGUUAUUGUUGAACAUUACGCUCGUUGGGUGGUUCUUUCUUGGGUUCUUACGUAUCGUAUCGUCUGCAAACCCUUGAGAGACUUAUUUCCGGACAUGACAUCACUCCAAAGAGCAGGAAUCAUACAAAACAGUGCAGAACGGAUGAUUCUAGAGAAAAUGGAAAUCGAAGGAGACCCGACUCCGCGUCCUUUAGUAGUGAUCGACUGGAUGAUCCUGUUGAUAAAGAAAACGCACAAGAAAGGCCGUUUUGCCGAAUAUAAAUACUACCUCCAAUCCGUGGAAAAUGUGUUGGCCUACAAGAAAAACUGCGGAAACACUAUCAAGUUUGCGACCAAAAACAUUCCUUAUGCUCUGAUUCAGGUGGCGGUAAUUGUCGUUUAUCUUUAUGGGGUAUUCACGUUGAUGGCACGAAAUUUUGACGGAGUUGAGAAGAGCGUUUUACUGGGCGGAAUCGUCAAUUAUUUUCCAGCCUUUUCCAGCAUACAGUUUUUCAUUUUUCUCGUCUGGCUGAAUUUCGGUCGCACUGCCGUCAACCCCUUUGGUAGCGAUGACGACGAUAUCGACGUGAAACAACUGCUUGCCACUCACAUCCAGGAUUCCCUCCGAUUGGCAAAACUCUACAAUCAGGAUCUGUCGAAUUUCUUAAGAGAAAUGCCACCAAAAGCAAAUACGGAAAGUUCCACAAACCAAAAUGCUGCUGCCUCUGCCGCAAAAUAAAUUUGAUUAAUAAUAACAAUAUUCCAUGCAAACACCAUCACACUUUCCUGUCAUGUCUGUUUUACCCCAUUUUUUUAACGUCAGAUGACAAAUAGGACUUGUGCUUUUCUACGAGACACAGAAAUAAUUGAGUAGGCUAACCCAUCAAAGUACACAACAUUAUUAUCAUUGUAUUAUAGACUUUUUGACAGGUGAAUGAAUCUAAAAUAAACAUGAUGAUUCAUCGUUAUUGCGCUA